AUGGGCUCGAUAGCAAAACUAGACCCGAAAGGUCGCCUCAAUGGCAGCAACAUUAACCCAAACGUGUUGGCGGCCAAAUAUGCCGUCCGCGGGGAACUGGCCGUCAAGGCUGAGGAAUACCGGGUAAGAUUGGCAAAUGCCGCUGCCAACGUGGGUGUUGAUGAUGCACUUCCAUUCGACAAGGUCAUCUUCGCCAAUAUCGGAAACCCGCAACAGCUGGACCAGAAACCCAUCACGUUCUUCCGCCAAGUCCUCAGCAUACUUGAAUACCCCGCCUUACUGGACAACGAGGAAGCGUUGAAAACUUCCUUUGGCUAUAAACAGGAUGUGAUUGAUAGGGCGAAGAAGCUUCUGAAAGACGUCCACAGCGUAGGCGCUUACAGCCAGAGCCAUGGCUCGCCCGCUGUGCGUGAAAGCGUUGCCAAAUUUAUCGAGCGCCGUGAUGGCUUCCCCACGGACCCCGCCCGGAUCUAUCUCUCUGCUGGUGCAUCAUCUGGAGUUAACACUUUGCUCCAUGUCCUUUGCGCCGGGCCCAAAACAGGCGUCCUCGUUCCCAUCCCCCAAUACCCGCUCUACACUGCUACCUUGUCAGUAUUGAACGCCCAGUGUGUGCCGUACUACCUUGACGAGAGCGACUCGUGGGGCACCAACGUCGACGGUAUCCGCGCAGCGCUUGCAAAGGCCCGUGAAGAUGGCAUCGACGUUCGUGCAAUCGUGGUCAUCAACCCCGGAAACCCCACGGGCGCUAGUCUAAAACCCGAUGCAAUCAAGAACGUUAUCGAUAUCGCGGUCGAAGCCAAUCUCGUCAUCCUCGCAGAUGAAGUGUACCAAACAAACGUCUUCAAGGGGGAGUUCACGUCGUUCAAAAAGCGUCUUCGGCAAUUGCAACAAGAUGCGCCUGGCGAAUAUGACCAUGUUGAACUAGCAUCGCUGCAUAGUAUUUCGAAGGGUAUGGUUGGAGAGUGUGGCCAUCGGGGCGGUUAUUUCGAGCUUGUCGGUUUCCACCCGGAUGUGUUAGAGAAUAUUUAUAAAUUCAUCAGUAUCAUGCUCUGCGCGCCUGUCAUAGGCCAGUGUCUACUAGAAAUGAUGGUCAACCCCCCCGUUGAGGGCGAUCCUAGCUACGAGCUGUAUCAGAAGGAAUAUAAUAGCAUUCGAGAUGGUUUGUAUGCUCGUGCGCAGGCACUUUAUAAAGCUUUCCAGCAGAUGGAAGGGGUUGAAUGUCAAGAACCUGAGGGUGCCAUGUACCUCUUCCCAACCAUAAACUUACCACCCAAGGCCAUCGAAGCCGCCAAAGCCGUCAACCGCGAGCCAGACGAGUUUUACGCACUCAAACUCCUGGACGCGACGGGUGUCUGUGUGGUGCCUGGAUCUGGCUUCGGGCAGAAGGAAGGCUCCCUCCACUUCCGCACGACGUUCUUGGCGCCUGGGACGGCGUGGACGGAUCGGAUCGUCAAGUUCCAUAAGGAGUUUAUGGAUGAAUAUCGAUGA